UGCCAGCCAUUCUGACUGAAGCCAUUCCAGCAGCUACACAGACCAUUGAUGCAGGCCUUGAUACCUGCCACAUGCUAGCCCACCAGUACACAGCACUGCUGGAGUCCAUGCAGGAAGAUCUGCAGAGAUUCCAGGAGCUCAGGCCUCGGAAACUGAGAGAAGCAUUGUUCCAUGUGAGGCAGUAUGAGGCCUUCCUUUGCAUCCUCCUGUCUGAUGCAAUUACCAGUGCUCAAGAGGUUGAAAAGGUGAAGGUGCAGUUUGCAGCAACGAUGGAGGAGCUGAAGAACAAAGUGCAGAAUAAGGUUUCCAUAGACACCAAGGAAGUUUUUCCUCUCUUCGUGGCACUGUCAAACCUCUGGACCAGCUUUCAGGAUGAAAUGCUACUGCUAAACUUCCUCACGAGUAUGACUAACGAUCUGCAGCAGUUCUCAGAAAUCCACUCACAGCUCUUUCCUGAGGGAGUCCUGGCAUCUCUUCUGAAAGGAGUGACUGUGAAAAGUGAUGAGGAAAGGAUAAGGGAAACCAUGGACACUAGAGUGAAUGUUUCUGAUCUCGAGCACCAGGAAUGGCUUUUCCCAGAGACUGCUGAGAACUUCGAUGAGUUGCUAAUCCAGUACCGUGGUUUCUGUGCAUAUGCAAUUGGGGUGCAAGGUCUCACCCUCCCAGGGAAUCCUGCUAUUGGAAUUCUGAAGCACAAGGAGAAAUGUUAUGUUUUCAGUUCCAAAGAAGCUGCACACAACUUUGCUCAAGACCCAGAUAAGUUCAUCCGAUUGAACAUAGAAAAAGCGAAAGAAUAUGCAGAGCUAAUUAAUCUGCUGGAGCUCCACCAGCAGUUUGGACACCUUGUUCCACAUGCACAGGCCAGAAAUGCAGACAAAUACUUGAUGGAACCAACCCCAACGUGUGAGAUCAGUACUCAGACUGAUACUCACAUCUUACCUCCGACUGUCGUGGCAUCCUAUGAGUGGAACGAAUGGGAAAUGAGGAGAAAAGCUAUAAAACUGGCCAAUCUGCGCCGCAAAGUGACUCACGCCGUGCAGACUGACCUCAGCCACAGGAGAAGAGAGAACUCCAGCCAAGUGUACUUGCCCAAGGAUGUCAGCACACAGACUAAGUGUGACAGCUCCAGCAAUGUGCCCAGACCACAGGUUUUCUUGGCAGGUCUCCGAGGAGGACCCUGUGCUACAACUCGUGUGGUCAAGGUAGACUUAACAAGAGCAGUUGAUGAAACUUAA